AUGCCUCAGCAGAUUGACAGGAAUGGUGUUUGGAUAGACAUUUGGCCAGAGCAUUGGGGCAUGACGAUGCGGCAGAUUCGAAAGCUUAUGAACGAAUGUAAGGACGAUCCUGACUGGCACCAAAAUAAUUCAGUACGCGAUAUGGUGAAGCACCAUAUUCUGCCACGUACAGCUGGUACAGGUUUGGGCUACGCUCUGAAGGUGAAUCAUGAGUCACCGUUGGAAGUGGCGGUUCUCGUAUCCCACUCCUGGAAUGAGAACGCGGAGGAAUUUGUGGAAACGCUCGAGCGCACAGUUGGUGCUGAUGAAGUCCUUUUUGUUUGUGCAUUUGCCAUAUACCAGAACGAGGAUGGUGCGGGUCCGACUGUUUCUCAACAAAUUGGAGCCUCGAUGAACUGCAGUCCCUUCGGUCGAGUCUUGAAGAACAUUCAGGAGCACAACCUGUGGCCGUGGCCACUGCAGCCACUGCCACUGGCAGCCUGGAGCAAGCUCACAAGGCAGGCUGGUGGUGGUGGCCACGUGGCACCAUUUACCUUGUACCAGGGUGGCCGUGGCUACUUCAGUGAAGAUGUAGUCAAUGCGCAUGGAGCUGAUGACUGGGAGACUGGAUCUCAGUCGCUUGCUGGCUUCACCGCCAUCUUGGAUGACAAGCCCUAUGAGCCUGAGUAUUACUUUGCCUUACUGUGUGAGAAUGGAUUGGGUCUCUACAACGACGAAGCCUGUGCCCUAGCUGCUGAGUCUCUACAACUUGAGCAUGAGGCCUACCUGCCGCGAGGCCAUGGAAAGGGCAAACGUCAUGGUGGAUUCCAGCCUCACCGUCACUUUGACAUUUCUGGCAGUGUUUCUUUGCAGGAGCGCGAAGCCAGAUUAGCCCAGCUGAAGUCCCGCACUGAGUGUCGCCGAUGCGGUGCCAAGGGACAUUGGAGUGGCGAUGCAGCAUGCCCCAAAGGCCGUCAAAGAAGCUUUCAAACACCAGUUCGACUUCUACCAGAACAAGCAUGCCCGCAGAGGUGUUUGUGUUCCACCUCCAACGUCACUGAUGACCACACAAGCAACAUCAGAUGGACCUGCACCUGCCGUGUCUUUGCCCAAAGCCUCGCCAACAUGAUGGCUGCAAGCCGAGCUGCCGGAGCUGCAAGCUGCCCAGCUGAGCCAACACCACGUUUGGAUGAACCUGUUCGUGUCCGCACUAUGGCUCCUGGACCUAAGACUUACAGCUACAGCCCCACCUCUGAGGUGGAAUCCAAUGAAGAUGGAUCUGAUGAGUUCGAGAACAGCCUGCCGGACUUCCUGAAGCGCAACCCCAACGGUGAUGCUGCACUUCUGCGUGAGGCACUUGGCUCAGGUAUGCUGAAGCUUAUUUGGAAAGAUGGAAUGAGUUUCAACCUGGGACCUGGGCAUCUCCCCUUCACUCAACAGGAUGCGGAGAACCUCUUGAGAUGGCACAAGAACAUGCUGGCUGGAUACCGGCCUGAGCUGCAGCUGAUUCCUGAGGCCAAAGCUCUACCUGCACCUCCAAAGGAACAAGUUGCACCAGCCUCUACUACUGCACCAUCAGGUUCUGCUGAUGGUUCAUCAACUUGUGCACAUCGCCGCAUCACCCGCAAGGGCACCAACCAGCACUUUGAGAAGGAGACAUGCCUGGACUGCCACAAGGUCCUCAAGAAUGUGCCGAAGGGUUCGACCAAUUUGGCAACCGGAAGUGCAAAUGCUGCCAACGCAGCGCAACAAGCUGCCUGCAAUCACCCUCGCAUCAGCUGGAAGGGAUCGAAUGGCCAUCAAUGGCGCAACACCUGCAUGACAUGUGGCAAGGUAGUCACUGGCUACUUCCCGCACAAGACUCCUGGAGCAGGGCAACGUCCAAAGCCUUCCUCCACAACUGAGCCAAGAGCGAUUGGCAGUUUUCCCAUCGACAAGGUGGAGGAGAUUUUCCAAAUGUGCCACGUGAUUGCCAGAUUGAAAGCUGCCGACGACAACUCUCAGCAACUGCCUGCUGAGCGACUUCACAAGAUCUUGGAUGUUGUGAUGGUCACUACAUCGUCAAGUUCGACCUCCCCAUUGCCGAGCUCUACGGAGUCUGGCGCUGAUGAGAAGGGCCAGAAGAUCCUUGACUUUGGAGAAUUCCGUGGACGAAGCUUCAUGGACGUCUUCCAGAACGACAAGCGCUACGUUGAUUGGUGUUUGACACCAACAACCGAAAGCUCAAGGAAUUCGUCUCCUACAUCCAGCGCAAGACUGCUCCACGUUUUGGCUUUAUGGCAACUGAUGGAGGAGGAUCUGAGAAUGGCUUUGAUUGCGAUUUUGGACUUGGGCUGCAACCGCACUUGCCAUGGUGAUCGAUGGCUUCAGCGGUACAUGCAUGCGGUGGACCAACAUCACUAUCCCCUGAAGCCUGACCAUGGAGGAGGUUUUCGCGGAAUCGGUGGCUCAGUCAACACCAAGGGCCUUCGCAGUUUGGAUGUUUGCUUUGAGAUUGAAGAUGGCAUGGCUGUUGGUGAAAUCGACAGCAUCGAGCUUGAGGACACUGCAGCGAUGCUCCCCUUCUGCUUUCCAUUUCUGAUCAGCGACGUCCAAGACAAAGUCUACAGUGCCUCUUUGAAAGCCGAGCUGGUUGUUACCAACAUGAAUGGCCUGCUUGGAGUGCGACUUCUUCCCAAGCAUCUUGCCAUGCUUGGCAUCACCGACGCCAAACAGCCUCUGACCUGCAGGGAAAGCACCGGAGAUGCCAUUUUGGCACAACGUGACGCUUGGUAUCCUUGCCUCAAAUGGAUCGAGAAAAUGGUCCGCAAGUGGAUGGCACGUGGCAGAAAGUUUGUGGUGGAAAACCCUUGGCCUAGCGAGCUUUGGAGCACCCUUUGCAUGGACAAGCUGAUUUGCGAAGCACCCCAUGAUGCUGAAAGCCACGUGGACGCAGAACCCGACUUGCUCAAUAUCGGCCAGAGUGCCGCUUCUGAAGCAUGUGAAGCUGUUCGCCAUUUUGCCUGCGAGACCUGCAGAAAGCGCGAACCUGUGAAGAGACCUCCCAUUGUCAAGGAGCCCAGCAAGAUGGUCUUCAACCAUGAGAUUUCAGCUGGCUGCUUUGAAAUACAUGAUGCAGCUGGCAACCGCCACACUGUGUUGUCAGUGAUCUGUCUUGGCACCCUCUUCCACCAAGCCUGGUGGGUAGCCCCUGGUGGAGUUGCAAAGAGCAGAGUUUGCGCUGAAGCUCUAAUGAAUGGAUGGUUUCAACCUUUUGGAGCGCCAAAGAUCAUGACCUGCGACGGGGGAGUUCACAACCGUGGACGUGUUCAAGGCCUCCUACGCAGUCAUGGCGUACGACUUCGCUUUGAGGUGUUGAAUGUGUUGAAGCUCCCUUCCAACUUGGAAGAACGGAAAGAAGAAGCAGAAAGCUUUGCCCUUGGAGUUCAGUCUGAACUCAUGGAACCCGAGGAUCAGAUUGUGAGACAGAUGGAGAUUCGUCACGCUGCCAAGAUGAGCUUUGCCAAGGCCGACAGCAGUCGCCGUGCGAGAGCAGCACUUCUGAGGAAGUCAGUGCCUCUGAGGGGGCCUUAUGCCCCUGGCGAUUUGGUUUGCUUUCAUCGCCGCAACCGAUGGCAUGGACCUGGCCGCAUUGUUGGCAAAGAAGGCCGAUCUACCUUUUGGAUCAUACAUGCUGGCAUUCCAAUUGUGGUUGCGGAAAGCCAGAUCCGACCAGCCUCAACAGCUGAAGUCAUGGUCAAGCAGAUUUUGGAGUUGCGACCUAGCCGCAAGAGACAACGUGAGAUUGAUGAGGACAACGAAGAUUUACCUUUUGGAGCUGAUCUUACGUUGCCACACAAUGCACCAUCCUACUUGGAACUGCCCCAUGAACCUGGAUCCCAAGGUGACGGCGGAGAGCACCCCCCUGGUCUGGACUUACCAGUGGCGCAGGUGCCUCCUCCCCCCGGCUUAGACUUUAAUGCCGGAGGACAGCCUCCCUUGGAUGACCUGGCAGCAUUCCCGCAGUUCCAACUACUCCUGCAAUGGACUCUCCUGGCAUUCCAACUGAGAAGAUCUGCAGAUGAUUUGGAUGGACACCGACUUAGAUCCACCAAGCUCAACUGCAAGUCGAAGAGAGAUCGCUUACGAUCACCCCACUGUGAAGCGAGCAGCAUCAUGGUACCGCCUGAGACCCAUGAAUCAGAUGAUGCAGAACUUCGACAAGAGCGACAUUUCAUUGCUUUUCUUGCCCGACGGCAAUCCAUGUUUUUCUUGGGCGACGCAUUCCCAAGAAGAAACGUCAAGUUGGACAGAGAGAUUAACUACAAGAAGAGCGACCCUGAUGUGCAACAUGCGCUGGAUCAGACCAGACGCAAGGAAUGGAACAACUGGAAACAAUUUCAAGCCGCACAUGUUUUACCACCUGGCAAGGAACAAGAUGAGUACCUUGCUGCCAAUCCUGACCUUGUGGUCAUUCCCAGCCGAUGGGUCGACACCGACAAGUCAGAAGACCCAUCCAAGCCAGAGUACAAGUCACGACUCGUUGCACGAGGAGAUCUUGAGAAAUCUUCAUCUACCAGCCCAGUGCGAACCGACAGCCCUACAUCCAGCCAAUUGUUCCUCCACACAAUCAUUUCCUUUUCAGUUUGCAAAAAGAAGAAGGUGGGUGGUGGAGACAUUUCAGCUGCGUUCCUGCAGGGCACCCAGAUCAAGCGCAAGUUGGCUUUGAAAUUGCCAGCUGAUGGCAUUCCAGACGAGGACAUUCCUCCUGGGUCCUUGCUGAUUUGUGAGAAAAGUGUCUAUGGAACAUGCGAUACACCACGUGGAUUUUGGAAAGGUUUGUUUGACACUUUGCUGGAAUGUGGUUUGAAAGAAGUGCCAAUGGAAACAUCAGCAUACUACCUGCCUGGACCUGAAGGUGAAGUUUUAGGUUUGCUUGGCACUCACGUUGAUGGUUUGUUUUGGUGCGGUGGAGCUGAGAUGGAUGACGUUAUUGCGAAGGUUCAAGAGCGCUACAAGUUUCGUAUCACCAAUGCUGAAGAUUCUGAAGAUGGAAUUUUCAAGUUUUGUGGACGUUUGAUUAGCCAGACCAACGACGGUGUGACAAUCACCUCACCUGGAGUUUUGGAUCGUGUCAGGGCGAUUUUCAUCGAGCCAAUGAGACGCAAGCAAAGAGGACUACCAGCCACACCUGCUGAGAUUGCGCAACUGCGCUCUGUGGUUGGAAGCCUUAGCUGGUACAGCCGAGUGUGCCGACCUGACCUUGCCUUUCAGGUCAACCAGCUACAAGCUGUGCAACAGAAAGCUCGAGUGGAAGACCUUAUGGUCGCCAACCGCCUGCUGAACUUUGCCCUGGAAAGACGAGACCGCGGCGUACACUUCGCCGCGGACGCUUUUGAGUUUGAAGAGGCGAUCAUUCUGAGCAUCAACGGCGCGAGCCAUGCUGCAAGUUCUGAUGCGACCAACGAAGGACACAUUGUUGGUCACCGAUCGCAUUCUGGCCGUCUUUUGGCAUUGACAUUGAAGGAGUUUCUAGAGACAGGCAAGGGCAAGAUUCAUCUACUUCAAUGGUCAAGCACAGUGAUCAAGCGAGUCUGCAGAAGCACUUUGCAAGCUGAGACGUUGAGCGUGCAAUUGCGCAGUGAAGAUGCAGAGCGUAUGCGCCAAUUGCUCUAUGUGGUCAAGAAUAAGGCGACGGCAUUGAAGCGCACCGAGAACUUCAUCAAUGCCAUGGAUGAGACAGUUGUCAGCUGGUACACUGACUGCCGAAGCCUGUCUGACCACCUCACCAAUGUGAAUGCAGCUGCGGUAUCAGACAAACGUCUUGCCAUUGACCUGACGCCUAGCACUGGCCGACCUUUACCUGCCGGCAACCUGCUGGCUCAAGCGAACAAGAGAGAGGUACGCUAUGCGGUGGCUGGCGCAGUGCUGGGAAAGGAACAUGCUUUGCAACCAAAUGGGUCACAAGAUGUCCCAACCACUGAAUACGAGUCUAGAGCUGCUCAGACCGGCUCGGCUCGGCUGAAAGCCCGAGUCAUCUCCCUGGGUAGAGUGAAGCACGACUUGGAUCCGUAUUGCCGCGCAGCCUUUCUACUGACCUGGUUUUUCGCUGGUGCGGCUGGGGUGAUUGCGAUGAUGCUCUUUGUUAUGCAGCAUCGGGUGUACAAAGGGCGAAUGAUUGCCGUGCCGAACUACCAAGACAAUUUGUAUCAAAGGCUAUGGUGUGUAUAUGAGAUAUUUAUGGCGUCGCAGUUAAAGGUGUAUGUGGGCCUCGCCCACACUUUGGCACCAGCAGGGAAAUGCACUGCUAGGACAGCACGGUGCUCCAAUGAUGAAGACGAGGCUCGCAUCCGUCGGGCGAUUGAAGCCUUCGGAGCCAGAUGCGUCCACAGUCGCAGGACCAACUCUCAUUUGGCAGUCCUUGACAUGUUCGCAGCAGAGCGCACCGAUCCAAUGGCUAUUGCAGCUGAAACUGGCUACAGAAAGGUCGAUGCAACCAUUGCUUGGACAACAAGCCGGGCUCAGAGAGAGUGGAUGUGGGUGAUCAUUCGAAUCAUGCUGCUGGGCACUGCCUUGCAAGGCAGUGUUACAGUUCUGUCAUACUCAAUGGGACUGCUUCGGGGAUACUUUGCACUGG